AUGAAGCUGAACGUCUCCUACCCGGUAACGGGAUGUCAAAAGUUAUUCGAGGUGGUGGACGAGCACAAGCUGCGGAUUUUUUAUGAAAAGCGCAUGGGUGCUGAGGUAGAAGCUGAUCAGUUAGGAGAUGAAUGGAAGGGCUAUAUUUUACGUGUAGCCGGUGGCAAUGACAAGCAAGGAUUCCCUAUGAAACAGGGUGUCUUAACUAACAGCCGUGUUCGCUUAUUGAUGUCUAAGGGGCAUUCGUGCUACAGACCACGCCGCGAUGGUGAAAGGAAACGCAAGUCAGUUCGUGGCUGUAUUGUUGAUGCUAAUUUGUCUGUUCUGGCUCUUGUCAUAGUCCGGAAAGGUGCCCAGGAAAUUGCUGGUUUGACUGAUGGUGAAGUUCCACGCCGUCUAGGACCCAAGCGUGCAUCUAAAAUCCGAAAAUUGUUCAACCUUACCAAACAAGAUGAUGUCCGUCGUUAUGUAGUGAAGCGUCUGCUACCACCUAAAGAGGGAAAAGAGAAUGCCAAGCCCAGGUAUAAGGCUCCCAAGAUUCAGAGGUUAGUCACCCCUGUAGUACUUCAGCGUAGACGCCACCGUUUGGCAUUGAAGAAGAAGCGUCUCGCUAAACGCAAGGCCUCCGAGGCUGAAUACGCUAAGCUUCUCGCUCAGAGGAAGAAGGAAUCUAAGGUACGCCGUCAAGAAGAAAUCAAACGCAGGCGAUCGGCAUCGAUACGUGAUUCCAAGAGCUCUAGCCAGAGCGCACCCCAAAAGUGA